AUGUAUAUCGUUUGGAAAGAAGAGGCAGAUGCUGCCACCUACGAAGAUGCCCGCGUCGGCCGUGUCUUCAAUCACCGCCGACCAGACCGAUUCCCACUGGCAGUUGUCAAGGCUUCUUCUGAAGAGGAUAUUAUUGCUGCCGUCAAACUGGCCAAAGAGCGAAAUUGUCGCGUGGCUGUGCGGUCUGGAGGCCAUUCCUGGGCAGCUUGGAGUGUUCGCGAGAACUCUAUCCUGAUUGAUCUGGGGGACUACAAAGAAAUCGAGGUGGAUACGGAGAAUCAUAUCGCGCGUGUUUCAACUAGCAUGACAGGUCGUGAAGUGAACGGCGAGCUGAACAAACAUGGACUCAUGUUUCCUGGAGGCCAUUGCCCAGACGUCGGCCUUGGGGGAUUCUUACUCCAGGGCGGAAUGGGGUGGAAUUGCAAGAACUGGGGCUGGGCUUGCGAAAAGGUCCAGGGACUCGAUGUGGUCACUGCGGAUGGCGACUUGCUUCACUGUAAUGCCUCUGAAAACUCAGAUCUAUAUUGGGCAGCCCGUGGGGCCGGUCCAGGAUUCCCCGGUGUUGUGACCAAGUUCCAUCUCAAUUUGAUCCCGUACCCAGGGAAGGGCUUUCGAUCAUCGGGCUAUCUGUAUCCAAUCAGUCAUUAUCACGAAGUUUUCAAAUGGAUCAUCUCUAUUUCUCCUUCUUUCGAUAGUGACACGGAGAUUGUGGCAGUCGCACAAUACCCCGAGGGGCAAGAUGAGCUUUCGCUCUUCAUUCUAUUUGUCACCAUGAAGCAUAGCCCCGAAGAAGCAGAAAGAGCACUAAGACCGGCUCAAGAAACCAGACCAGCUGGGACAACUAGCGAGUGGUUCUGUAUGGAAGACAGCCUUGAUAACCAAUACAACAACCAAGCUAGAGCAAACCCGGAGAAACACCGCUACUGCACCGACAAUGCCUACAUCGACAACGAUGCGGACGUCCCAAGUGUUUUGGAGGAGGCGUUCACGACGCUUCCACAUCGCAAGGCUUUCGCGUUGUGGUAUGCGAUGAACCCCUGCAGCCGAAGAGAACUGCCAGACAUGGCCCUGAGCAUGCAAUCUGACCACUAUUUCGCGUUAUAUACGGUGUGGGAGGACGAGUCCGACGACAAUCGCUGCCGUGCAUGGGUGAAGAAUGUGAUGGAGAAGGUUGAGCGUCAUUCAGUAGGCGCCUACUUGGGAGACUCAGACUUCCAAGUUCGACGAACAAAGUUCUGGGCCGACGAUAACGCUAAGCGAUUGAUGGAUAUUCGCCGCAAGCGGGAUCCCCAGGGCAGAAUAUGCGGGUAUCUAGAUCACGAGGACAUGUCGGGAGUAAAUGGCUUGGCCAAUGUUCAUGAGUGGAAGUUGUGA